GAGAAACGUGUAGGAUUUGUCAAUCGCACAAGCAUCCUAAACGUGAGAUAGUCUAUAAUCCGAACACACACGUUUUAAGAACUACCUUAUUGCCGCCUGGGUUAACUCAUACAAAUAGGAUUUCCUUUUCAACUGCUAAAUUCGGUGCCGCUUGUUUAUAAAAAGAUUGUUGUAUUUAAAAUCUGGUGCUAGGAUGAAUCAACUUAGCCAAUCCAGUUUCGACCUUGUUCUCCGUGUUCGUGGUAAGGAAAUUCCAGUGCACAAACUGAAGUUGGUCGGUGCCAGCAGAUACUUCGAAGGUCUUUUCAGUGGUUAUUUCGCAGAUUCUGGGAACAAUGUCAUAAAUCUGGAUCAGUUUGAAACGGCAGCGGUGGAAAUGGUUGUGGAAUUCAUUUAUACUGGACAGAUGGAGUUGUCUGUCGAUAGCGUAGCUGAUAUCUUCGAAGUAGCUGACUUUUUACAAGUGGAGGAGAUAUUGGAGCUUUGCGAGCGCUUCUUCAUGAAAUCCCGAAUUCGGUCAAUUGCUUCGGCUUCUGGAAAUUUAGAGGUAAGCUAAGUUUUCAUAUAACACAUACCGUAGAGUCCAAUGCUGAACUCAUCCCCAUGUGUGUGCCUAUAUUAAAUAUGAUAACAAUGUAUCUUUCUUUUAUUUUCAGAUUUCUGCAGUCAGGCGUCGUUACGAACCCGUCUACAAACAUAAAUCUGGCAAUCUUUCGAGGUUGUGAUGAAGACAACCGAUUUCCUGGAGCUGGAAUUUGAAGAUGACGCCUCCUGGAUGUUCAGAUUUUCGUUAAUUUGUAUAAUAUAAUAAUAUAAGCAUAAUUAAUUAUUUUGGAAAUCGAUAUUUAAUUGCAAUUACAUAUACCAAAAGAUUUAAUUAUAAAUAUGCUGGUUUCA